GAGGAGGAAGAUAAAUCUCGUUCCUGGAUUCAUUCUUGGGAGUCCGUCACCGUCCCGCCUGCUGUGCUGCCUCUGGAUCUAAGUCUACUGGAUUGCAGCUCCGUUUCUCCGCUCAUUACUCCUGACGCUUGCAUUUCCACGGCAGGCAAAGUUGGGCAUCCAGAGACUAUAUGUUGACUGCCUGUUCAUUUCCUCUUGAAUUUGUAUGCUGUUUGAGCUUCAAAAUGAUUUCACUUUUCACUGGAAGAAGUGUGAUUUUAAUAUGACAGAGAAAAGAGCUCCGUCUCUUUUUUGGGGAUUGUUUUCUUAUAGGAUAGGCUAGUGAUUUUGCUAUAUUUUGAACUUCGUUGUCGCUGGUGAUUUGGUUGUGAGGGACAAGAUGAGUGGGGAGGGAGGUUAGAAAUGUAGGAAAUGUUGAUGUCUUUUCAUGUUUUAUUUUUAUCAAACAGAGACAUUUUAACCUCACUCACCCAUCUUUCUUUUUUACUGAAGAUGUGACCUUAGUGGUCUCUGUUUUUCAGUGUUUUUUUAGUGUUGGUGCAUUUAUUUCUCGUCGUACUGGAGAGUCCACUUUGGAUGUGUGACUUGAACUCACACCGUCCUCUGCUCUUCCCUUUUCCAGGGGGCUCUUAACCUAGACCCUCUCUCUUUAACCCUGCGUAAAACCCCUCUCCCCUCUCUGGGGGCUCUCUCUGGACCUUCCGACCAUUUUCUGUUGCUUGAGGACACAGACAGCCCCGCCAGAAGAGGGGGUGUUGGGUAGGAAGACACCCCCCUCCCAAAGGUGAGAGGGGGGGGAAGAUGGCAGCUCUCGCCAGCUCUCUCAUCAGACAGAAACGGGCGGUCAAGGACGACGGACAAAACCGACCGGUAGCCAACAAGAGGAAGCCUUGUCCCAAGAGCAACAAGUCCCUGUGCCAGAAACAGAUCCUAGUCCUUAUCUCUAAAGUGAGGCUAUGUGGGGGUCGAAAAAGUCGAAAAGAAAAGAGACCGGAGCCCCAGUUGAAAGGCAUUGUGACCAGGCUGUACAGUCAGCACGGAUACUACCUGCAGAUGCAUCCGGAUGGCACCAUGGACGGCACAAGGGACGAAGGCAGCUCCUUUUGUAAGUCACAGUUCAACUUGAUUCCUGUGGGUCUGAGGAUCGUGGCGAUCCAGGGGGCGAAGACAGGGCUCUACCUGGGCAUGAACAGCGACGGGUACCUUUUCACCUCUGAACACUUCACCCCCGAGUGUAAGUUCAAGGAGAGUGUGUUUGAGAACUACUACGUGACGUACUCCUCCAUGCUCUACAGACAGAGCCAGUCGGGCCGCUCCUGGUAUAUCGGUAUCAACCGCGACGGACAAGUCAUGAAGGGCAACCGGGUGAAGAAGACCAAAGGUGCUGCACACUUCCUGCCUAAAGUUAUAGAAGUUGCCAUGUAUAAGGAGCCAUCGCUACACGAGCUAGUCAACGAACAGAAAGAGAAAGAGAAAGAGAAAGAGAAAGAGAAAGAGAAAGAGGGCCCUGCCCAGAAGACAGUGAAGACGUCAGAAGAACGUCAUGAAAGAACUUUCUCCAUCAAGAACUGCAGGAAAGAAAAGAAAUGCCCCAAGGCUGAUGCCUCGUAGCACAGGGGACCGAUGGUGGGGAGGGGCAGCAGUGACACAGAACUAAAUAGGGACUUAAUUGCCCAUCAUGCACUUGGGCUGGCUGGAGGAAUGGUCCCCUUUCCCCAGAAGUGCACUAGGCUGCACCAUGAUGAAGUGUCAGGGGUCAACAGCCCAUCAGGUCUGGGUCUAGGAGGAAUUCCUCUCACCUGCCACCAGAGAGGAAGAUAGACCAGGGCCCAAGUCAGCACCACCACCCUCCCUCCCUGUCAAUCACCUUUACCCCUUCUCCUCUAGCACACUCACUACCAAAGGCACAGCCUGUAUAAUCUCUCUGUCAUUCAUCUACUGCCUUCCCAUCACCUGUCCUAGUUUCUAGAAAUCACCUCCACUCGCGCACACACUUUAAUUUCUAAUUGUGGUAUUUUGAUGUGCGAAUGUGUGAUUGUGUCUGUGUGUAUGUGUGAGAGAGAGGUGUGUAACAAUAAUCACUUCAUGUCAUCAUACUUACUACUCUCGAGUCCACUCUUCUAAUUAAUGGCAAUCACCGUGGUGAAAGUGUGACUAUGCCUGGCCUCCAUCAUCUGCCCACCUGCAAAUCACACACCUCACAGCUGGAGGCGGGACAUCAAAAUGAUGUUUUAUUGGACAACAUCGGGGGGGAUCUAUUUCUAUUUGGUAGCAGGGCUGUCUGUUGAACUGCAGUCAGCAAAUCAAUUUCAAAAAAGCCAAAUCAUCUGUUGAAAGAGACAAGUCAAGCAAGCCCUUUUGGGAUCAGAGUUAUAUCUACAGGCUACAAGAUGACCUUUUCUAUCUCCCUCUUUCAAAGUUCCUUUCUCUAACGAUCAAUCACAAUGAGGAAGGUAAUAAUGGAGGGAACUGAAGAAGUUUAUGAUAAUAAAUCAGGAGGAUGAUGAUAAUAAUAAUCAAAAUUACAAUGUUUACGGUGAUUAUGGUGAUAAUGAUGAUUCAACUACUGUAUAACUUUGCAAUAAUCUCACAGACAGAAAUUUCAGGGUAUUCCAUUAUCUGAAGUGAAUAGCCAUUUUCCCUUCUGGAGCCAUGAAAGCACCAUGUCCAAAAUACUAUGAGAGCCCCGACUUGUAUAUGACUGCCAUUUCUGGCCCACAUAACAGUAUCCUGACAGAGAUGAUUUCAGUUUGUGCUCAGCAGGCUGACUCUAAGCAUGUGAGAGAGUGAUGGAGCUAAAUACCCCCUGGGCCCAAAAUGAGGCUAUGUUAUUAUGAUGUAACUCUUUGAAGGUUCUUUCCAGGGGUUUUAUGGAAUACAGCCAUCAGUACUUGAAUUAUUCACCUACAUUUAUGUAAAAUGUUGUAACUCGUCUCAGCAAUAUUUGUACAGUUUUGAGUCUCUUUAAGAGCUGGGCUGUGUUAAAAGAGAAAGUCAGCUUUUUUUGCAAGUGUGUGAGAUAGUUACUGAGUGAGUGGUUAUGAAUGUGCCUGCUUAACAAUCUCCCUAUUUGCCAGCCUCCCUAGCUCUUUUUGUUGACCAUAAUGCACCAAAAUACAGUAUUUCAGAGAAAUGUUAAGGAUUGGACUAAAAGGAAUGCUACUGUGUUAAAUUGAUUAGAUUCUCUGUCACCUGAAAGGUAAUGCCAGUGAUUGUUGAGUGGAUCCUUUGCUUGGCGACUGUUGUCGACAUAAAGCCGAGUUUAAAGCUGACAUCAAAGCCUGAGGAGGCUCUGAGCUGGAGCACCUACUUACUAUUCUACAGACGUCCCACUCCUUAUCCACUCACCAGCCUUAUCAAAUCACCACAGAGGAAUCCACUCGCAAAUAUGGAUUUCUUUGUGUGCGUGGCUGUUUGUGAUUGUGUUCUUCCCCCAGUGUAGCGAUGUUUGUGGGAAUAUGUGAGUUUAUUUUGGGAGUGCUUUGUUUGUGUAUGCCUGUGUGUGCAUGUGUGUGUUUGUGUGCAUGCGUGUGUGUGUUAAGUGGGAGGUGACUUCUGCAAUGUCCUUCACCCUGGACAUAGGGCACUGGGAGGGCUCUCUUUGUGAUGUCCUUCUCUGGGGAGGUGACAUUUGUGGGGCAAAUGGCCACCUUUCAAACACAGCACUGUCACGGUAUUGUUAUUGGCCUGAGAGUGCUGCAGGUAUCAAUGGGCAAUAAAAUCUAAAACAAAUUGUGGACAACAGCACAGCACAACAUAUACAGGAACAGCCCAGUGUACAGAAGGUUGCUUUUCUAGGCAUGGGGAUAUGUACAGUAAAAUGCCGAAAGGCAUUUCUGACCUUGUACAUAGCAGCGUAGCAUGUUCCUGCCAUGGCGACUAUGCUGUUAGAGUGAGCUAGCAUGCCAUUGUAUAUUACAGAGCAGCACUGCACUGACCUCCUUUAAUAUCCAGCCAGUGUGGAGACUUAUACCACAGUCUCUUGGAGAAUUCCGCUUAGAAAAAGCCAGUCGCUGUGGACUGCCUGUGAAUAUGUUGACCAACAUUACAGAAGAUGGAGAAUGCACACAGAGAGGGAGAAUAGAUACAAAUGUUCCAGAAUGUACAGACUGUGAGAUUGAUGUUUUCUGCAUGUUAUUAAGGGCGAGAGUAUGUCUGAGAUGGUCGAGAGCAGUGGAUCCCAAACCUUUAAAAAAAAUGUUUUACUAGGCAAGUCAGCUAAAACAAAUUCUUAUUUUCAAUGACGGCCUAUGAACAGUGGGUUAACUGCAUGUUCAGGGGCAGAAGGGCAGAUUUGUACCUUGUCAGCAAGGGGGUUUGAACUUUCAACCUUCUGGUUACUAGUCCAACGCUCUAACCACUAGCCUGCCCUGCUGCCCCGUAUAGUCCUGUAUCCCUUAAAACAUUCAACCUCCAGCUGCGUACCCCUCCAGCACCAGGGUCAGCGCACUCUCAAAUGUUGUUUUUUGCCAUCAUUGUAAGCCUGAAACACACAAACUAUAUGUUACAUUUAUUAAACAUAAGAAUGAGUGUGAGUUUUUGUCACAAACCCGCUCGUGGGAAGUGACAAAGAGCACUUUUAGGACCAGGGUACAAAUAAUAAUAUAAUAAUAAUCAAUAAUUUUGCUCUUUAUUUAACCAUCUUACAUAAAACCUUAUGUGUUCAUCUAAAAUUGUGAAUAACUCAUCACAGGUUAAUGAGGAAGGACGCACAUGACUCUACAAUGUUGGGAUGUAUUGGAGAGAUACUCCGUCUUAAAUCAUUUUCCACACUCUGCCUGUAUUUAGUUUAGUUUUCAUGCUAGUGAGGGCUGAGAAUCCACUCUCACAUAGGUGCCUGGUUGCAAAGGGCGUCAGUGUCUUAACAACGUGAUGUGCCACGGCAGGAUACUCUGAGCGCAGCCAAAUCCAGAAAUCUGGCAGUGGCUUCUGAUUAAAUUCAAUUUCCGCUUCUUGCAAUUUCGGUGAGGCUCUCUUGUUCAGAUAUCGGUAAGUGGACUAGAAGCAGGGCAUGAAAAGGAUAACGAAUAUAGUUCUUUGUGUCAUCCAUUUCAGGAAAGUACCUGCGUAAUUGCUCACCCAACUCACUCAGGUGCUUUGCUAUAUCACAUUUGACAUUGUUCGUAAGCUUGAGUUCAAUUGCACACAACAAAUCAUACGAUGAUGGAAAGACGUGUGUUGUCCUUGUUAAUGCAGACGGAGAAGAGAUCCAACUUCUUAAUCAUAGUCUCAAUUUUGUCCUGCACAAUGAAUAUAGUUGUGGAGAGUCCCUGUAAUCCUAGAUUCAGAUCAUUCAGGCGAGAAAAACAUCACCCAGACAGGAUCGUUGUGUGAGAAACUCGUCAUCAUGCACAAGGUCAGACAAGUGAAAAUUACGGUCAUCAUAGAAAACUUUAAGCUUUUAAAAAAAAACGUGGCAAUCCUUUGUGCCUUAAUAACCAGUGUACUUCAGUAUGCUGUAAAAGCAUUACAUGGUCGCUUCCUAGAUCAUGGCAUGGUGCAGAAAAUACACAAGAGUUCAGGGACCUUAACAAAGUUAACCAUUUUCACUGUAGUGUUCAAAACGUCUUUCAAGCUGUCAGGCAUUCCCGUGGCAGCAGGAGCCUCUCGCUGGAUGCUGCAGUAUACUCAAGUGGAGUCGGGAGCAACUGCUUGCACGCCCGUUACCACUCCACUAUGUCUCCCUGUCAUGGCUUUUGCGCCAUCAGUACAGAUUCCAACACAUCUUGAUCACCAAAGUCCAUUUGAUGUCACAAAGCUGUCCAGUACUUACAAAAUAUCCUUUCCUGUUGUCCUAGUUUCCAGUGGUUUGCAGAAGAGGAUGUUUAAUUGACCCCCAUAAAUGUAACGGAUAUAUACAAGGAGCUGUGCCAGGCCCACCACGUCUGUUGACUCAUCCAGCUGUAACGCAUAUAAUUCACUGGCUUGUAUGCGAAGCAGUAAUUGUUUCAAAACAUCUUCUGCCAUGUCACUGAUGUGAGGCAAAGGAAGUUCAAUAUUUCUGAGAUAGAAUGUGAGACAAAGGAAGUUCAAUAGUUCAGAGAAAGAAUGUGAGACAAAGGAAGUUCAAUAGUUCUGAGAUAGAAUGUGAGACAAAGGAAGUUCAAUAGUUCUGAGAUAGAAUGUGAGACAAAGGAAGUUCAAUAGUUCUGAGAUAGAAUGUGAGACAGAGAAAGUUCAAAGUUCUGAGAUAGAAUGUGAGACAGAGAAAGUUCAAAGUUCUGAGAUAGAAUGUGAAACAAACAAAGUUCAAUAGUUCUGAGAUAGAAUGUGAGACAAAGUUCAAUAGUUCUGAGAUAGAAUGUGAGACAAACAAAGUUCAAUAGUUCUGAGAUAGAAUGUGAGACAAAGGAAGUUCAAUAUUUCAGAGAUAGAAUGUGAGACAAAGGAAGUUCAAUAGUUUUGAGAUAGAAUGUGAGACAGAGAAAGUUCAAAGUUCUGAGAUAGAAUGUGAAACAAACAACGUGCAAUAGUUAUGAGAUAGAAAGUGAGACAACCAAAGUUCAAUAGUUCUGAGAUAGAAUGUGAGACAAACAAAGUUCAAUAGUUCUGAGAUAGAAUGUGAGACAAACAAAGUUCACUAGUUCUGAUAUAGAAUGUGAGACGGAGAAAGUUCAAUAGUUCUGAAAUUGGAUGUGAGGCAGGGCUCUUAGAUUCUGAUAUUGAGAGUAUGCCAGAGAGAUCUUUACCUGGUUGAGGCAAAAAUAAAAACACUGGUAGCGUUCGCCAGCUUAGAGUACUUAACACCUCUGAACAAACUGCCAGCUGUAAUUUGCAAACAGAGUGCAAACAUGUAGAAUCGCUGACUGCCGCCCACCAUCAAGUGGUCCCUAAAACCAACCCGGCGAAUGAACGGCAGAUCAAUAUUUGGUGAGGUGUAUGCCUAAGACAGAGCAGGUCCCAUGAAGUGAGGGGUAGUGACAUUGAGAAUGUGGUUCACACAUGCCCUCUCAUAUGUGCUUGGAAGUCACGCUUCAUUUCCUGCUCAAUCUCCCCAACUGGUGUUCUAUGUGUCUACUGCCCAGUACCCUUCGCUGUAGCACACUAUGUGUGUGUGUGUGUUUGUACAUGUAGGUGUGUGUAAGACUGACUGAGUGAGUGUAAUGACCUACCUGUAUGUGUGUAUGAGUGUGUGAGAGAGAAAAAGGAGAGAAAGAGAGAGGAAAAGAUAGAAAAAGAGGGCAUGAGAGUGACGAUCAAUAGACUCAAUAAAAGCCAAGCUGGAGAGCAAUAGUCUAGCGUUGAGAGCAAUAAUUUCCCUUAGGUGCAGAGAGGGGGGAGCAAACCAAGUUUGUUGAUAAUGAACUCAGAGUAGUGUCGUCCGAUUCCAACCUGUAAACUGGACAAAGUGGCCACUUUCACAACAGCUGUGGGGGAGAUAUUCUUCCAUCUUAUGGCACACUUUAGAGACCAACAGCCAAAUAGAACUGGACCAUUACCACUGGCCAGUGUGAUCUGGCCAUGCAUUGAGCUGCCUGGUUCUUAUGUACUUUACCAUAGUUUUCUGAGACAGUGGGGCCUACGGUUGCAAAGUUCCGGGCACUUUGGUCCAAGUUUCUGGUUGGGAAAACCGGGGAAUUUAUUCUAAGUUCACUCUUAUAGAACUCCUCUAGAGUGCACUCUAUAUGUUUGAAGGAUCUUGGUCUUAGGUUCUAGUCAAAACUGGGGUCAAACGGGGAACACCACUCUCAUACUACAAAGAAAAAAAGAGUGGCUCAAUGUUAUAAUAAUAAUAAUGAACGCUUAUAGGGUUCUUCUGAAGGACUUGACGGUACUGCUUACAGUAACCAUUUUGAUUAAACAGGGAUGUUUAAGGUAUAGGGGCUGUCAGUCUACUGUACACAAAUUGGAUUUAGAACAAACUUACCCUUUGAAUGGUGCUCUCCUGGCUCAUUGUUUCAUAUAAAUAUUACUAUAUAGCUAUGUCUGUGUAAAAAAAAUAUCUGUGAAAUGUGAGGUCUUGUGUUGAUAUAUUUUCAGAAAAUAUCUUGAAGAAUGAAUGUGAUAAAUGUUUCUUGUUGUGUUUUCUUUUGUUCUGCUUUAUCAUGUUUUUCUGAUUGAGACUUAAGGGAGGGAGGUUUUUGCUUUCCUCAGACCAAUCCUCCCUUCAGUGUGGUUUUGUAGGUGAACAAAAGUUUUGUGGUGGGGUGAAGUGGUAAGGACACUGGUUCAUCAUUCCCACAGAAUGCUAAAUGAUGCACUCACUGAAUCCUACAGUGUGAUUGAGUUACACAGGGUGCAAGAGAUUUAACACUAAACUGUAAAUGUAGUCAGAGCAAAACAGUGUGUGGAAACAUGCAAAGGGUCAGAUAGAUCUGUCCUCUUAAAGCCAGCACCUGUCUGUCAGUCCCUCCCGGAUUCCGCCAUGGCAAAUAUUUUUUAGCAAAAUCAAGAAUUCACUGCAUCACAGCACCAUUUCCUCAUAAAAGAGUAAAAUCAUUGCAUCAUCGAAUUAAACAGACUCAUACGCAGUACAAAAAUAUGGCUUGUAAUUCCAACCAAUCACUGCACAUUUACCACAUAGAGUUCAAUUAAGCUACACAGUUAAAUAUAGGAAAAAUAAGCUACAUGCCAAGAAUUGUUUUCCCUCGUUAGCGCAUUUUCACAACAAAUUGGACAACAUCACUGCAUAUUGCCAUGCAGAAUAUCAGAAUUUCUGCAGCAAAAUAAAACAUUUCCCCCUGCAAAAAUAUCACAAAACAUCCCUGCGAAAUCCUAGAGGGACUGGUCUGUCAGUCAGUUAUGACCAUUCCCAGCAAUGUCCAGACUGUCCCAGCACCCACUGGGCUCAGCGUUAGGAUGACACAAGUCUUCCAAAAACUAACCACGCCAUCUCCUUUCUCCUCUCGGCUCUUGGUUGAUCUCAAUCCUUUCCUCUUGUCUUCCAAAAGUUACAGACGUCUUCCAACAAGAGCCAUACGUAUUAAUAAGAUGGGCCUUGGCACAGAUGGAGCCAAUGACAGAAGGGCUGACUCCUUUGACCCCUCCCACCGUUCCCAGGGGACAAUGAACACAGGUGCGACUUUACAUGGCGAUAGAGCAGAGAUGGAUCUACUAACUCUGCAGCCACAACAAAAAGACUGGAGUGUAAUAACAAUGCAUCGAGGACUAACAAUCUGCCACGAGGACAACCAACUUGCAAGGACGACAAACAGUCUUCAGCAUAGAUUAACAGCCAGCAAGGAGGACUAACAGGAUACUAAACAGUCCAGAAGUCUGCAAUAAGGACAACAAGUCCAGGUUGACAUGAUCAUUUUUUCAUAACAUGCAUGCACCACCAUUUACCAACUCCCACAAUAAGGGAUGACACAUCCUCUUCAGUAACUAGAGACACAGAGGCCCCUCUCCUCACCCUCUCCCUGAGUUUAACAUCAGACCUGAGUUCAUUUCUAUAGUAACUCACACCUGACUCAAUGGGAGAUGUUUACCAUCAGACGUGUUUCUAUAGUAACUCACACCUGACUCAAUGGGAGAUGUUUACCAUCACACGUGUUUCUAUAGUAACUCACACCUGACUCAAUGGGAGAUGUUUACCAUCACACGUGUUUCUAUAGUAACUCACACCUGACUCAAUGGGAGAUGUUUACCAUCAGACGUGUUUCUAUAGUAACUCACACCUGACUCAAUGGGAGAUGUUUACCAUCAGACGUGUUUCUAUAGUAACUCACACCUGACUCAAUGGGAGAUGUUUACCAUCAGACGUGUUUCUAUAGUAACUCACACCUGACUCAAUGGGAGAUGUUUACCAUCAGACGUGUUUCUAUAGUAACUCACACCUGACUCAAUGGGAGAUUUUUACCAUCAGACGUGUUUCUAUAGUAACUCACACCUGACUCGAGAGGAGAUGUCUUACUAUAGAAUAUUAUUCAAUAAAA